UGAAGUAAAAUAUAGUAGACAACUAGUGGAUACCCCAUUAUCUUCAUCUACAUUGUUGUGCGUGCACAUAAUCCAUGAAAAAUCUACCAAUAAUGUCAAGAAGGAAAGGCUCACAGUAAACCGGCAUACUGAAUACCAGAGGAUCAAAUUUCCAUUUAAUUUGUCACAAGUAGCCAUGGCGAUGCUCAAUAAUCCUGCAAUUAAUUCACUCAAUAGUUCAGCUAUUGGCUACCCAAAUAUCUCUCUUGCCCACAGUGCCAGUACUAUUCAAAUUCCAAGAUUACGCAGAAGAUUUUUUCCCCCAAGGUGCGAUGUGAGUACUGAAAGCAGGACAGAGGGCAGGAAAUCAAAGAGAACGCUGUUUGACAAUGCGAGUAAUUAUCUGACAAAUUUUUUGAGUGGUAGUCGAAUUGGAUCAAUGCCAAUUGCUGAGGGGGCAGUGUCUGAUCUAUUUGGGAAGCCUCUCUUCAUUUCCUUAUAUGAUUGGUUUAUUGAGCAUGGUUCUGUUUACAAGCUUGCAUUUGGGCCAAAAUCUUUUCUGGUUGUUUCAGAUCCAAUAGUUGCUCGACACAUUCUUCGGGAGAAUGCAUUUGCAUAUGACAAGGGAGUUCUUGCUGAUAUCUUGGAGCCAAUAAUGGGAAAGGGCCUUAUCCCUGCUGAUUUGGAGACAUGGAAGCCAAGAAGGAAAGCGAUUGUACCAGGUUUUCAUGGUGCAUUCUUGGAAGCAAUGGUGAAGGUAUUCGGUGAUUGUUCUGAACGAACAGUAAAGAAACUAGAAGCAAUGCUUCUGACAGUGCAAGAUGACAAAAUUAAGCACAUUGAGAUGGAUAUGGAAGCAGAAUUUUCAAGUCUGGCACUUGAUAUUAUUGGACUGUGUGUCUUCAACUAUGAUUUUGGAUCUGUUACUCGAGAAUCACCAGUAAUUAAGGCAGUCUAUGGUACACUGUUUGAAGCUGAGCACAGAUCAACCUUUUACAUCCCAUACUGGAAAUUUCCUCUUGCAAGAUGGUUAGUUCCUCGACAGCGGAAGUUCCAGGAAGACUUAAAGGUCAUAAAUGAAUGUCUUGAUAACCUCAUAACAAGUGCCAAGGCCACAAGACAGGAGGAUGAUAUUGAGGCUCUUCAAGGGAGGGAUUACUCUAAAGUGAAAGAUGCAAGUUUACUUAGAUUUCUUGUGGAUAUGAAGGGAGAAGAUGUCGACGAUAAACAGCUUAGGGAUGAUUUAAUGACCAUGCUAAUAGCUGGACAUGAAACUACAGCAGCGGUGCUUACCUGGGCUGUGUUUAUGCUUGCACAAAAUCCUGACAAAAUGGUGAAGGCUCAAAGUGAAGUUGAUGUAAUACUGGGGCAAAGAAAACCAACAUUGGAAUGCAUCAAAAAGUUGCAGUACAUUCGGCUGAUAAUAGCAGAGGCACUGAGACUUUAUCCUCAACCACCUUUGUUGAUUAGACGAGCAUUACAGCCAGAUACUUUACCUGGUGGAUAUAGAGGGGAUAAUGAUGGCUAUUCAAUACCACAAGGGACUGACAUAUUUAUUUCUGUUUACAAUCUUCAUAGAUCUCCUUAUUUAUGGGAUAAUCCUCAUAAGUUUGAACCAGAAAGAUUCCUUAUACCCAAGGAUAACAAAGAUAUUGAAGGUUGGGCUGGUUUUUCUCCAUACAGAAGCCAGGGAGCAUUGUACCCAAAUGAGGUCAUAUCAGAUUUUGCAUUUCUUCCCUUUGGAGGUGGUCCUCGCAAGUGUGUGGGAGACCAAUUUGCACUUAUGGAAGCAACUGUUGGGCUGGCUAUGCUAUUACAAAAAUUUGACCUGGAACUCCAGGGUUCUCCAGAAUCAGUGGAGAUAGUUACAGGUGCAACAAUUCACACAAAAAAUGGAUUAUGGUGUAAAAUAAAAUGGCGAGAGGGAAUUUAGCCGGAGAAUAGAGUAUACUGAUAAUUAGUUGUAAUGAUCUGUCUACAUAGUUAAAAAAAAUCCAUCUUUUUCCUUCUGUGUUGGUUGAAUUUCAUUCUGAAUGAAUGUACCAUAGGUUUGUCAUAUUAAUUAAAUUUAGGAUUACUGUCGUUGAUUUUUGGUCCACAACCUCCUUUACAUGCCCAUCAGCUCAUGUCCCGAGGUCAAGAUAAACACUUCAAAUUUAUUGGUUACAAAAUGAGACUUUCAGCUGGAUUGAUUCAAUUGAAAAUUCAAUAUUAUCCUUAAUUUCUUAAUUUA